GGAAACUCCUCCCAUUACAAGAGAGAGUUCAGCGUCUUGGAUUGUAGAGACAGAGUAUGUCAACACACAAUGAAAUCAAGAUUGCUCGAGCUGGUGCGUAAAGGAUAAUGCCAAGGAAGAGGCCACAGUGAGCGAAAAUAUGGAUAUAAGACUCAACAGUACUUGUGUUUAGCAAAAAGUCCUCUACGGUUGUCCUGCAAAGGUCAGCGAACAAAUGACAAUUUGCCUUCAUUAAUCCAUUUGAAUAAUAAAACAGAAACUCGUACACCUAUAACUGAAGUUAAGAAGAAUAAUCCAAGAUGUACCAAGUAGUCCCAGGAGGAGCCGGGGGAACAAUUACCGAUGGCAUGCCUAUCAAAAAGAUGGACAAAGAGAGUCGCCCUCUAGUGGGGGCUGGAGUUAUUGGGGUAAUUCUGGUUAUUGUGGCUGUGACCGCAUGGUGUUAUUAUAUCGCCUCCCUUCGUAAAGCCGACCUACUGAAGACGGAAUUACUCGAUCUGAAUAAGGAUGGAUUUCUUAUUCGCAACCAGGGUGGUGGGAUUGUGCUGAAGAUGGGAUUCAGGUCCGGCACACUUGAUCUUGACUCCUGUUCUAAGGAGGGAGUGAUCCUACGUUGCUCACGCUCAUUUGCCGGUAAGGUCAACUUCUUCAUCAUGACCGUGAAACCAAAAGAGACCGUGAUGUGUUACCGUGUGCGCUGGGAGGAGCUAGAAUCCGAUCGCCCUGUGGAACAUGCCAUGUCCUACAAUGAAUCACAUUGGUACGGUGGUGCUGAGACUGCAGUUCAACAUUGGCCAAUUGCCAUCUCAGGACAGCAGGCACCCAAACCUUUUGUCACCAGUGACGUGUACUCCAAUCGCAAUGACUUUGGCGGCAUUCUGGAGCGCUACUGGCUCUCCUCCAAUGCUACGGCCAUUAAGAUCAACGACUCUGUGCCCUUCCAUCUGGGUUGGAAUGAUACAGAGAAAACCAUGUACUUCCAGGCACGAUAUCAAGACAGUCCAUACAAACCUGCACCUGGCCGGCCUCCAUACGCUGAGCUGAGCUACCGAGUCUGCGUGGGCCCGGAUGUGACCUCCAUCCACAAAGUCAUGGUUCGCAGAUACUUCCCCAAACCGAACAAAGUGCCUGCCAAAGAAAUGUUCAGGCACCCUAUAUGGUCCACGUGGGCUUUACAUAAAACCAACAUCAACCAAGAAAAGCUUUUGAGUUACGCAGAGAAUAUCCGCAAGCACGGUUUUAACUGUAGCCACCUUGAACUUGAUGAUCGCUACACUAAACAUUACGGAGAGUUUGAGUUUGACCAACAGAAAUUCCCAAACGCUUCUGCCAUGUUUCAAAAGCUCAAAGCAGACGGCUUGUUGAUAUCUUUGUGGACACACCCUUUUGUGAAUUACGAUUCGUCGAAUUUCGGACUAUGCGUAGAGAAAGGCCUGUUCGUGAUGGAGCCAACAGGUCAACUUCCUGCACUUGUUAAGUGGUGGAACGGCAUCGGAGGAAUUCUCGACUUCACCAAUCCUGAUGCUCGAAACUGGUUUUUGUCGCAGCUACGUUCCUUACGCUCCAAAUAUGGGGUUUCCUCCUUUAAGCUGGAUGCCGGCGAGACCAACUACCUCCCCUGGCAGUUCAGAACCCGAGCCCACCUCCCCGACCCCAGCACCUUUACGCGACGCUACACGGAAAUGGCAAUCCCCUUCAACGAGCGAGCCGAGCUUCGAUCUGGCUACGGUUCUCAGAACAUCUCAUGUUUUUUCCGUCUCAAUGACCGGGACUCCGUCUGGGGCUACGAGCUGGGUCUAAAGUCACUGAUCCCGACCGUUCUCACCAUAAGCAUCCUAGGUUACCAGUUCAUUCUGCCCGACAUGAUUGGAGGCAACGCCUAUCCGAACCGUACCGAUGGGAACGGCAGACUGCCAGACCGUGAGCUCUACAUCCGCUGGCUGGAGCUGUCCGCUUUCAUGCCCUCCAUGCAGUUUUCCAUCCCUCCAUGGGAGUAUGAUGAAGAGGUGGUGUCUAUUGCUCAAAAGUUCACAGAGCUGCACGAGACGCUGGUGGCUCCGAGGGUAAUCGAGCUGGCUGGAGAAGUUCUGGAUACCGGAGAUCCCAUAAUUCGCCCGUUGUGGUGGAUUGCCACCAGCGAUGAGACUGCGUAUCAAAUUGAUUCUCAGUUUCUGAUAGGAGAUGAUUUGAUGGUGGCGCCGGUUCUGGAACCUGGCAAGCAGGAAAGAGAUAUAUACCUGCCGGCCGGACGCUGGACAAGUUACAAAGGAGAACGAUACGAUAACAAAGAGCCGAUACAUCUGACGGACUAUCCGGUGGAUCUCGACGAACUUGCGUAUUUCGAAUGGGUUAAGUAAGACUUUGGAGGGGAGCGUCUUGUGUUUAGUGCAUGUAUUUCAUUUUAAGCUCGAUGAUCAUUUGUUUCAGGGGUUUUCCUGACAGUACUAGGUUUCUCAGUUUUCACAAGAUGUGAAAAAAGAACAAUUUGUCUCUUGUGACUACUGAGCUGCAAUGUUGCACAUUUAAGAAUUUCUUUUCAGAAAAAGCUUGGCUGUGUUUGUUCUUUUGUUAUUACAUUUAACAUGCAGCUUGUGCAUUAAUUCUGUGCCUUUAUACAGUGAUUGUCUUUCAGAUGCUAUAGUUUUCAUCCAAGCCUAUAUCUUAACAGAAAAUAGCAUCCACACAUGCCAUAAACUGAAAAUAUGGUUAGGUGUCGGAUGUGUUGGAUUGCUGUGAUAGGCAAUUUUGCACAAUGACGUUUAAUGUUCCUCAAGUUUUCUCAUCUGCUUUUUAAAAAAGGGAAAUUUGAUCAUUACUGUAUAUACUGUAAGCCUUCGUGUCUUACUAGGUGAUAAAUGCUGUCUAAUGUUCUCUGUAGAGCUACUUGAUUUCAAUGGAAUGUACGAAUUUGCAAAUAUGUUUAAAAUAUACAUUCAGGUUUGAAAUGACAAGAGAGUGAAUAUAUGAGGAAUUUUCGUUUUAAAGGAUUGAAUUGUUUUUCAGGUGAACUAUCCCUUUUAGUAAGACAGUGCAUGCGGCACAAUCGAGCAUAUUAUCAGCAUGAUCCUGACAUAAUCAGAUUUAAUGUCUGCAAAUGCCCAGUCUUUUUUGUUACUCCACUGCUGUACUUUUUCAUCAUUCAGUGCCAAAAAACAUCACCCAGAGGCCUUGUCUCAAGCAUUACUGCCACAUUUCCUGUCCCAUGCGAACCCGUAUUUGUUUUGUAUUCAUCUCAUCUUGAUUGUUUUGCUUACCUGCAUCAUUUUCGUGGGUUUCGCAGUGAUAGCACAACAGUAACAGCUCGGUCAGGUAAUCUUUAUCAGAUUAAUUUUUUUGCUGUGUAAGGGGUCACCUUUUUGUGUAGUUUAACGCCCUUCCAGCUCGCCAGCAAUCAACUCGCAGUGCGAGCUUUCUCUAAUCUACGACCUUCGAGCUUAUUUUUAGCUCUUCCCACACAACUGCGAAAUGCACUCAUCCACCCCGUAACAGUGACUGGAUCUGUCACACAAGGUGUCUUUUCUGAAAGCAGCUUUACAAAGAUGUGUGCCAGCUACUUAUCCAACACAUGGGUACCUCAAGUAACAGUUUGUGGUGUGUGCUUUGUGGAAUUUUAUUAAUUUACUUGGGAAUAAAAAGCUUGUGACUGCAUAGAAAACUUGAGGAGAAAAAUACUAACUGACUCUUUGGUUUUUGGUUAAAAUUUGUAUCAUGCAUUAAGAAUGUCUGUCAUUGUGUAAAAUGUUUGGGACUAAUGUAUUUCUGUUUAAAUUUCAAGACUAAUGCUAGACAACAAAAUGAUUUAUUGCAUACAAUUUUGUUAAAGGGGUGAUAUGUCACUGCUAAAAGGAAUAUUAUUGUUUGUUUUAGAUGCAAUGCAAUGAGUAUACAUGAUUUAAGGUUCAAAAACGCUGUAUUUUCCACAUACCGUGCAUGUUUGUAUGUUCUCUUUGCCCCGCCUCUCUGAAACGCGCAGAUUUUUUACGAAGCUCAAAGCGCUGAAAAGGGAGGUGUUCUAUGAUUGGCCAGUUUGCCAGUGCGUAGUGAUUGGUCGAAUACUGCGAGGGUGUGACGUAAAUGUAACGCCUCUUACCAUAUUUGGAACAUCAGCUUCCAAAGCAAUUGUAUUGACAGGUACGACCACCUUACUUGCGUAUACAUUUGGGGGGUCUUAGUCAUCAUACCACCAACUGACGUAGAUUUUUGGGGUGUGGUUACACGAGGCGUUUCAGGCAGGUCUGGGUGAGCAUUCGCUUUUAGAUAGAAUGGACCUUUUAGCAGUUUUACGUGUCUUAUACAUGCACGGGCAACUUAUAACACACCAAAGACACAGAAAAACACGUAUUCGCGCUGUACGACCCCUUUAAAGGUUUAAUCCAGUGCUUCAGGUGUCUUUGAGUUCUAGCAUCUUUGUGAAAAAUGACUGGACAGUAUUUCAAUUUGUUUGUAUGCCUUGGUAGACCAUAUCUUAGAUGCAAUAAUAGUCUUAGAGAGUGUUUGAUAAGUAAUACAAUUUUGUUGUUCUCCAGAGCACCAGACGGGGGCAGUGCUCACCUGCCUUUCAAGUCCUCCACCCCAAGCUUGUGAAGUGUUAGCAUGGCACAAAAUAACCCUGUGUAGUUUUAUUUCAGUCUGACGAAGUAUAAUUAGCCUGAUAUUGAAGUGAAAUGGUACCAUUAAACUUUUUGACCUUGGUGAUGAA